GUCGCGCAUGCACAGUCGUUCACAUCGCGAACGUUCUCCAACGGAAAGAUGGCGUCAGUCUCGAAUUAUAGCAGCUACAACCAGGCUGGUGCACAGCAGUCGUAUGGCUCAUACACCACCCCACCUACUCAGGGCUAUGGACAGACUGCACAGGGUUAUUCUCAGCAAGAUUAUGGCUCAUAUGCUCAACCCGCCGCUGCACCUGAGUCCACCUACAGUCAGGCAGCGCCCUCUGCUGGAGCGUAUGCACAGCAGCAGUAUGGAUCCUCAUAUGGACAAGCAGCAGCAACAACUGCUGCAGCAGCAGCACCAGCUGCAUAUGGAACAGCACAGCCAGGAGCUUAUAGUCAGCCUGCGCAGAGUUACGGGGCCAGCAGCUACACCAGCUCCACUGCGGCCCCUGCCACCCAGGCCUCCUAUGGCUCCCAGCCCGGAUAUGCCACCCAGCCGGCCUAUUCUGGCUACAGUCAGCAGCCUGCUGCCUCCGCUCCUCAGAGCUAUAGUGCAAGUGGCCAGCCGGCCUACAACCAAGGUGCCUAUUCCCAGCCUGGAGCUUAUUCUCAGCCUCAGGGUGGGUACCAGGCUCAGCAGCCAGGCUAUGGGCAACAGCAGCAGAGCAGCUAUGGGCAGGGACAGCCACCUCAGCAGCACCAGCAAGGCACACCUGCUGCCUACCCCCCUCAGGGGAACAGUUCUUACGGACAACCUCAGUACGGCCAGCAGAGUGCAUCACAAAACGAUUACAACCAGCAAAGCCCUUAUAGCAGUUACAGUCAGAGUGGCGUGAGCGGAGGCUACCCAGGGUCGCAGCAACGGGGUGGAUACCCAGGAGAUUCCGGCAGAGAUGGUUAUGAUCGAGGUCCUCGUGGGCGUGGGGGUAUGGGCCGCGGAGGCAUGGGCAUCGCUGGAGACCGAGGGGGCUUCAAUAAGCCUGGUGAAGGCAUGAGGGGUGGAAUGGAUCGUGACAAGGGGCAUCCAGGAGAACAGGACUCUGAGAACAGCACCAUCUACAUCACAGGCCUCACUGAGAAUGCCACUCUACCAGAGAUGGCCGACUUCUUCAAACACUGUGGAGCGAUUCGGAUAAAUCGGCGUUUAAAUCAACCAGCCAUAAACAUCUACACCGAUAAAGACACUGGCAAACCAAAGGGAGAUGCCACACUCUCCUAUGAGGAACCUGCCUUUGCCAAAGCUGCUGUUGAACACUUUGAUGGUAAGGAGUUCCAGGGCCGGAGGUUAAAGGUCUCUAUGGCUCGCCGGAAGCCCAUGAUGGGGGGUAUGAGAGGUGGAAUGCCAAUGAGAGGUGGCCCUGGGAUGGACCGUGGAGGUAUGGGAAGAGGAGGGGAGAGAGGUGGUUUCCCUCCUCGUGGAGGCCCUCGAGGUGGAAUGGGUUGGAACGGGCCUCCAGGAGGCAAUGUGCAGAAGAGAGCUGGAGACUGGGAAUGUCCCAACGCUGGGUGUGGAAAUCAGAACUUCUCCUGGAGAACGGAGUGUAACCAAUGUAAAGCUCCAAAACCUGAAGGCCUAGGAGCUCCUCCUUUCCCUCCUGCAGGCGGUGAUCGUGGCAGGGGUGGAAUGAGGGGCGGCAGAGGAAUGGAUCGUGGUGGUCCGGGGGGCAUGCGUGGAGGCUGGGGGGGGGAUCGCGGCGGGUUCAGAGGGGGCCGGGGGGGGAUGGACAGGGGGUGUGGCUGA